AUUUGAUAAAAAUUAAAUCCUUUUAUUUAAAAAAUGUCCUAAAAGUUCAAGGUUAGAAAGCUUAGAGAAUAAAAGCCUGAAGAUCUCCUCAAAGAUUUAGAAAAGUUAAAGGGUGAAUUGAUUUAAUUGAGAACAGUCAAAGUAUCAGCUGGUAAUGCCUAAAAACUUGGCAGAAUUGGAGUAACAAAAUAUUUGAAUAAAAAAGCUUGUUAGAAAGCGAAUUGCCAAAUAUUUGACAGUCAUCAAUGAAUAAAGAAGAAAUUCAGUCAAAACUGCUACCAAAUCAAGUGGCAAACUUCCAGUCGAUCUUAGAGGCAAAAAAACUAGAGCAAUUAGAUAAAGACUUACAAGAAGCGAAAGAGGUAUUAUUUCUUAAAUAUUUUAAAGCUUAAAAAACUUAGAGAUAAUGGAAAAGACUCAACAAUUUCCCAUUAAGAAAGUUUGCUUUGAAGGAAUGAUUCAAUUAUAUUAUAAUCAGUACAAUAUUGACAAGGCAAU